AUGGGUUCUUCUUUGCCAUUUGAUUUAAUCUUAGAGAUACUUCAGAGAACUCCGGCAGAAUCUUUGCUCCGAUUCAAGUCUACGUGCAAGAAAUGGUACGAACUCAUCAGCAACGACAAGAGAUUCAUGUACAAGCACUUGGAUAAAUCUACGAAACGGUUCUUAAGAAUCGAGAAUCGUGAGAGGGUUCAAAUCUUGGAUCCCGUGACCGAAAUCCUCGCCGUUUCAACAAUCCCAAACGAGCUUCGCCACAAGUAUUUUACUCUGAUUCACUGUGAUGGUCUAAUGUUGGGCAUGUGUUACGAAGAACUAGGUAGUGACCCCAAUCUUGCAGUUUGGAAUCCGGUUAUGAGAAAAAUCAAAUGGAUCAAACCGUCACCACCGUUGGUUUGUUACUGGGGAAGUGAUUACUUGGGGUUUGGAUACGACAAAACAUUUCGUGAUAACUACAAAAUCUUGAGGUUUACUUAUCUUGGUGAUGAUGAUGAUGAUGAAUCAUAUCCAAAGUGUCAGAUCUAUGAAUUCAAUUCUGGCUCGUGGAGAAGUAUUGAGGCUAAGUUUGAUGGGGAAAUAGAUGUUGAGGUCGACGGCGUGUCUGUGAAUGGAAGUAUGUAUUGGAUUGAAUUGCAGGAGAAGAAAAACUUCAUUUUAAGUUUCGAUUUCUCCAAGGAAACAUUCAACCGCAUAUGCGAUUCUCCACUCUAUUGGGAUAUCAAACGAUUAGGAUGUUUCAAUGGAGAUAGACUUUCUCUGUUACAACAAAAUGAAGCAACAAGGGAGAUUCAUGUGUCGGUGACAAACAAGUUGAGUGAUGAGGUUGUUUCGUUCAGCAGAUAUUUCAGUGUGACUCUCCCUGAUAUUCCGUUGUUCCGGUCCAUUGAUAUUCUGCCUCUUCCGGGGUGCUUUAUUGGCAAGAACAGAAAUAUCAUAGCAUGGUGCGAGCAACUUGUAGGAAAAUAUGAUGAUCAUACUAGCAUCAUUCUUUACGAAAUUGGCGAAGGUGGGGUUACAAAACGAAUUCGGACAGGACGACAUGAAGCGGAUGAGGACUACAAUGACCUGGAUAAUUGUAGCUAUGUCUAUGUUCCAAGUCUGAUUCCCGUUCCAGAAUAA